CCGAGUAGAAAGCAUAAACACUCCAAUUUCAGUUGCACCACCGGAAGGAAGUUAAAAUCAGUUAAAUAUAUAUCAGGGAGGAAGUUGUUAAUUGAGUACUCAGUGAUUUAAAAAUCAAAAUAAUUGAAAUGGAAUUUAUUGUCGAAGAAGGCAAGCAGCUCCAUAAAGAAUGCUCUACUCUAGUUCUGCCAGCGUUAUCGAUAGGGAAUGUUGGGCAGCUGGCAGUAGAUUUAUUAGUAUCAUCUCAAAAAGCGGAGAGGAUUGGGUAUUUGGACGAUCCCAACGUUCUUCCAUGCGUUGGAAAUGAUGCCUAUGGCCCUAUUCCUUGUGGCAACCUUGCUCUCUCUCUUGAAGCUUAUGAUUCACCUGCCAAUGCACUAACUCUUGUGCAACAGCGAUCUCCAGUUGUUAAGGGAAAGAUGGUUGAAUUUGCUAACAAUUUGGCAGAGUUUGCUGCUGCUAGUGGAAAGAAGCAUGCCAUUUUGCUUUCAGGCUUAGACUUUGGGAGAUGGCAAAGAAUUGAUAUGUCAAGUGGUUUGCAGACGUAUUACCUGUCUAGUACCAACAGUGAUGGAACUGAUGAUGAUUGUGAACGACUUGGAUGGAAGAGACUGCAAGAAUAUAACCCUGCACAGAGGUCCUGGAAAUAUCUUAGUACUUUAGCUGAAGGGAAUCCCAUGCCAGAAGACAGAUUGCCUUAUGAAGAUGAAUUAGAAGAAGAAGAUUACUAUCCAAGUCUACCUUUUGCAGCUCUUUAUUCCUGUUUUAAGGCAAAAGGCUUGAAAGUCACAUGCUUGUUCUGUUACUGCUCAGAAGGGGACAACAUAAGUGAUGCUUUUCAUUUGGCUGAAGCAGCAUGCAAAAUUCUAGGGAUCAGUGCUGGUCAUUUCCAUGGCGAGGAGAAUGUUAAAUGGCUAAUCCCAUAUUCAUGGAAGACUGUAUAUGGACCACCCCCAGAUAUGUCCAUCUUUUAGCCUCUUAUUAAGCAGACAACCCAAGAUAAUGUUGACAGCAAGCAAGCUUGUGUCGAAAAUUCUUACAUGUCUGAUUGAGAGAAAGGGAUAUCAGAUUGGCAGAAUUUCGGAGCGCCAUCCUUGUGGUUGACUACUGCAAAUUGUAGUGAUCUCAUGAUGCUUACAUAUUAAUAUCUUUAAAAGAGAUUCAGAUUGGCAUCUAAGUAAAAAUUUUGGAUCUUAUUCCUUGUUAUGCAUUUUUCUACAUCUACUAAUUAGCAUUGUGUUGUGAAAUCUUGAUUCUAAGAAUGGCAAUUCCCAUUUUUAAUCAAGUUUGUGAACUCGCUGGAAAAGAAAAUGGGAGAAGUUUGUUUUUCGAUUUA